AUUUUGUAUGAUUUGUAAAUGCACAGACAUCCGAAUAUCUUGGAAUAUCUGUCCAAAGUUCUCUUCAUUUUUCUCGAAUGUCAGAUAAUAAAUGGAAAGAAUACGAUUCAGAAGAGGUUGUUCUAUCAGAUGUUCACCUAUCAAUUCCAUUUACUCGCAUAAAGAAUGGUGAACAUGCUUUGUCAAGAAUUCAUUUUACAUCUCCCAACCAUGCCAAAACCAUAAAUAAGGAUGAUAAGAAGGAGGCUAAAAAAGUUAAAACUGAUGCAGAUGGGGAUUUUGUUGUUGAAAGAUCACAACCUAAAGAUGGCAUCGAACAUCAUACAAUAACAAUCGAGCACACACUUGCUACAUCAUUGUCUGGGGUUGGUACGCAGAUAUGGAGAGGAUCGUUUUUGCUGUCGGAUUAUAUUGUUUUUAAGGAAAACGACAGGUUUGAUGGCUGUACUGCUUUGGAAUUAGGAGCUGGAACUGGUAUGUGUAGUGUUGUAAUGGCGAGGGUUGCAAAGCGAGUAUUUUGCACGGAUGUGGGCGAUGUCUUAGAGAUGUGUAACCUAAACAGAUUAAGAAAUUGUGAAUUGUUUAAAUAUUCAAGUUCAGAUAAUGACGUCAUGUUUGUUCGUGAGUUGGACUUCUUUCAUUCCUCAGAUGUUUUGUUCAAGACAGCACUUGAUUCGGAACUGAACUCAGAUAGCUCCUUAAAGUGCAGUUACAGUUGGACUACAAACGAUAAGAUUCACCUUAAAAAAUUAUCGGUGGUUUUUGCGUCAGAUGUUAUUUACAAUGAUGGCUUGACGGAUGCCUUUUUGGAAUGCAUAAUGUAUUUGUUGUCUAUGAAUCCCAGUGCAAUUGUGUACGUAUCACUUGAAAAGAGGAUUAUUUUCACUUUGGAAGCCUUGGACGUUGUCUCUCCGGCUUAUGAUUAUUUCAUAAAGAAAUUAGAGAAACUAUCAAAAGAAAAUGAAAAUCUUAAAGUCCAUUUCAAGAAGCUUGAUACCAAUAUCCCUCAGUACUUUAACUACCUUCGGGUCAAUGAGUUGGAGCUUUGGAUGAUUCACGCUACCCCUAUAACCUGACAUUAAUUCAAGUAGCUUUUGUAUAUUAUCAUUUUUAUGUAUAUUAUCAAUGUAGCCUAGGUUAUUAUUUUAUUCGUCAUAUUUUCUUUUGUUUGUAAGUUACAAUUUAUGUAAAUUUUUUUCUAAUUUUUCAUUGAAACUAAAAGAUGGUACUUUACUGUAGACUUAGGGCCUGAUUAUAUGGAGGCGAGCUGGCUCGGAUAGCGAGCUAGCACGAUGAUUUCAAGGAAUUGAAAGGAGCUAAAACUCUAAGUUUAAAAACUACAACUGUUUGCAAAGCGCCACACGUCAUUCCGGCUGUAAGCCUCAAAUAAGAGCAAACUGGUUGUUUUAAUUUUAAAUGUUUUGCUUACUUAUUAAAUCAAAACAUUGUGAAA